CUCGCCGACAUUCCACGAAGUGAGCCCGAGUUGUGGUGUUGUGCAGCGUUACCGAGGCUGUGCAUUAGCGAGAUAAUUUAUUUAAUUUAUAUUAGGACUAUUUAAUUAAAAAAUAAAUCACAAUGUGUGACGAAGAAGUUGCCGCGCUGGUCGUCGACAAUGGAUCCGGUAUGUGCAAGGCCGGUUUCGCCGGGGACGAUGCUCCCCGUGCUGUGUUCCCAUCGAUCGUAGGCCGACCUCGCCACCAGGGCGUGAUGGUCGGCAUGGGACAGAAGGACUCUUACGUCGGUGACGAGGCCCAGAGCAAGAGAGGCAUCCUUACACUUAAAUACCCCAUCGAGCACGGCAUCGUCACCAACUGGGAUGACAUGGAGAAAAUCUGGCACCACACCUUCUACAAUGAACUGCGUGUCGCCCCCGAGGAGCACCCAGUGCUGCUCACAGAAGCCCCCCUCAACCCUAAAGCCAAUAGAGAGAAGAUGACACAGAUCAUGUUCGAGACCUUCAACACACCCGCCAUGUACGUAGCAAUCCAGGCCGUGCUCUCCCUGUACGCGUCUGGUCGUACCACCGGUAUCGUGUUGGACUCCGGCGACGGUGUCUCACACACAGUGCCCAUCUACGAGGGAUACGCAUUACCUCACGCCAUCCUGCGUCUGGACUUGGCCGGCCGUGACCUCACAGACUACCUGAUGAAGAUCCUCACUGAGCGCGGCUACUCGUUCACCACCACAGCUGAACGUGAAAUCGUUCGUGACAUUAAGGAGAAACUUUGCUAUGUUGCUCUUGACUUUGAGCAGGAAAUGGCCACCGCUGCCUCCAGCAGCUCCCUCGAGAAGUCUUACGAACUUCCCGACGGACAGGUCAUCACAAUCGGUAACGAAAGGUUCCGUUGCCCCGAAGCCCUCUUCCAACCCUCAUUCCUGGGUAUGGAAGCUUGUGGUAUUCACGAAACGACGUACAACUCCAUCAUGAAGUGUGACGUCGACAUCCGUAAGGACUUGUACGCCAACACAGUAUUGUCUGGCGGUACCACCAUGUACCCAGGCAUCGCCGACCGUAUGCAGAAGGAAAUCACUGCGCUUGCCCCAUCCACAAUGAAAAUCAAGAUCAUUGCCCCACCAGAGAGGAAGUACUCCGUAUGGAUCGGUGGAUCGAUCCUCGCGUCCCUCUCAACCUUCCAACAGAUGUGGAUCUCGAAACAGGAAUACGACGAGUCUGGCCCCUCAAUUGUGCACAGGAAGUGCUUCUAAGCGCGCGGCGCGUUGCUGUCUCGUGCAGCCCGCGGCUCGGCCGGUCGCGCGGCCGGCUGCUCAACACAGGCUUGUAAUCUCAGUUAAUUAAUUUAAUUGUACGUAAGAUAUUAUAUGUAAUUAAAUCGUAAUAGUGACGGCAGGACGGAGCGCGGCGCCGCGGGCGCGCCUCGACCGCCGGCCUCGGUACUGCACUCGCCAAAGGAUCUUUUUGUAAUCUCAUGAAUGAUGAUUGUAUGUGCUGAAACGGAUAAGACUACUUUCUUACUAGGUCAUUUAUAAAUUAUAAAAAAUAAUGAAAAUACAAAAAAAAAUCUGAAAAAUUAA